AUGUCUCUGUGUAACUUUCAUGGUAUCAGAGCCAUGGAAGAAACCACAAACACACUCUCCCCUCCAUCUCUAAGCAUUUCUCAAUGCGUUACUCUAAAGCUGUCCUCCACAAACUACUUUUCGUGGAAGACUCAGUUCGAGUCGUUUCUUUCUAGUCAGUCUUUUCUUGGAUACAUCGACGGCUCAACCCCUCGUCCCCUACCCACUGUGACAACCCAAACCGGUGAACUAGUAACUGAAGCAGCAAAUCCCGAGUUUGCCAAAUGGAUGCGUCGUGAUCAGCUGGUCAUGUCGUGGUUGUUUGGCUCACUCACUAAAGAUGCUUUGAGAGCGCUCAUGGCUGCCUCAAGGCGUUCGUGGUCAUUGUCCCUGAUGCCACCGGUGAUAUUACAAAAAAUCUUUUACAAGACUCCGGCGGAUGCUCUCGUCCGAGCAAAACCGACGUGCAAGGAAUGGUACGCUCUCCUCACAGACGAAACUUUCAUCAACCAACACUUCAACCGCUCCAAAGAACACUUCCUAAGAAUCUUCGAUACGGUCCAAAUCAUGGAUCCAGUGACCAGAACAAGCUCAGUUUCACCAGUCCCGAACGAGCUACUACAACAUCCAUUUAAGAUCGAUACUUUGGUUUACACGCACAUGGUUCAUUGCGAUGGACUCAUGCUGGUUGAGAGUUAUAUGUGGAAGUGCAGAGACGACGGGUCAAGAUUCUCCAACCUCGCGCUUUGGAAUCCUGUUUUGAGAAACCUCAGAUGGAUCGAGCCCUCACGAAGUAUCACGAGCUCUGAUUACCACGGGAUUGGAUACGACAAGAACAAUCGUAACGACGGUUACAAGAUCUUGAGGUUUGCUAGUCGACCUUGGGAGAUUGAGCGUUAUGAAGGUGAUGAACCAGAGGUUGAGAUUUAUGAGUGCAAGACGAGUUCUUGGAGGACUCUUGAUGUCGAGCUUGAUAUGGAUGUAAAUAUCAUGCCUCUCUGUGUGGCUGUGAUGGGUAACAUGUAUUGGACUGCUUAUAGAUAUGGAGAAGAAGAAGGAGAUGAAGAAGAGAUCAUUCGUGGUUUCGAUUUCACGGAUGAAACAUUCAAGGACAUAUGUUUGUGUCCGACCUCUUAUGUUAAUAGUCAUUUAUCUUGUUUCAAUGGAGAUAGCUUGUCUUUGCUACAACAAGACCAAACAUCAAGAAACAUUGAGGUGUGGGUUUCAAGCAAGUUGGGUGGUGGGGAUGGUGAUGUCUCGUUUAGCAAAUACUUCAGUUUGUCCGGUCCUGAUCUUCCGGCGUUACGGGUCCAAGCAAAUGCGGCUCGUCCUGUAUACUGCUUCGUGAAGCCUAAUAAGAGUGUGAUCGUAUGGUGCGUGGGAGUUGAAGGAGAAGGUACUGAUAAGGCUUGUACUUGCUGUACACUGUACGAGAUUGAUGAGGAUGGGGUGAAGAGUAAAAAGGUGACAGAACGUGACGACGUGCGUGACUAUUCUCGCGCCUUCCGUUGUGGCUAUGUGUAUGUUCCAAGUAUGAUCCCUCUUCCAUGGGUAAGAGAUUAGGGUUUUUGUUUCUUGUUCUAUAAGCUUUCGUCUUGCUUUUUUUUUGUUGAUCUUCUGCCAUGUAUAUCUUGAAAGGAACUAUAUAAAACAGCUGUGUUGUGCAGAUGUUACUGAACAUGACGUUGGGUUUUGGUUUUUGUAUUACAAUCUUGAUCCAAAUUUUAGGUUAUGGUGCAAUGUUGAGUGUUGAAUCAUGUUGUGUAACAGUCUUGGUCACGUACUCAUGUUUGUUGGUUCAACAAAACUUUGAUACAUAAUGAAAAGAAUAGGCUUACUCU